AUGUCUCUGCCCUACCAGAAAGUCUUGCUAGUCGGAGCCACCUCAGGAAUCGGUGCAGCCCUGGCGGACAAACUCGUCGAGAAUGGCACUUUCGUUAUCGCUGCUGGGAGAAGAAAGGAGAACCUCGACCAGUUCGUCGCCAAGCACGGCAACACCAAGGCAGCAGCAGCGGUUGUGGAUAUUCUCAGGUUGGAGUCGAUCCCGGAAUUUGCUGCAUCCAUCAUCAAGGAACACCCUGACCUCGAUUGCGUCUUCUUGAACGCCGGAGUUUAG